GAGUUUCUGACAUGAAUUCAGAGGCUGUGUGGACGUGCUCGCCUUCAGGACACAUCUGACACUUGGGAGUGCACGCGAGGAUGCCAAUAACCUUUCAGUGAAGAAGAGGAACCCACUGGGAUGUGGUAUUGAACCAAGGCUGUGUUUUUAGACCACCUGUAGCACCCUGCACCCCCCAACCCUAUGUCACAUGUGAGCCUGAAUAAUGGACGAUUUGUGGAAGAUGCUGACCUGGACACUGAGCUUGGUGGUGAUGGCUGCUUCUGAAUUUCAGAGUGCCAACAGACUCUCACAUAAAAAUCAAGAGGAGUUCCUGUCUUACCUGCAGCACUACCAGUUGACCGUUCCGGUGCGGGUGAAAGAGAACGGAGAGUUCCUGAGUUAUACUGUGAAGCACCAACGGCCGGGACGACGGAGGCGUGGGCUGACGGACCCCACGAUGGGACCUGCAUCACUUCCUCCAGAGUCUCAUCUCUUCUACAAGCUGUCUGCUUACGGAAAGCACUUUCACUUAAACUUGACACUGAACCUCCACCUGGUGUCAAAACAUUUCACGGUCGAGUACUGGGACAAAGAGGGGCUUGAGUGGCGUCACAAUGUAGUGGAUAGCUGUCACUAUGUUGGAUUCCUGCAGAAUCAGCACGGCACGACCAGAGUAGCACUCAGCAACUGCAAGGGUCUGCAUGGUGUUAUUACAACAGAGGAAGAACAGUAUUUAAUAGAGCCUUUAAAGAACAUAUCCACCAACUCCAGUGAAUGGGACCACGAAGGAGCGCAGCAACAUGUUAUUUAUAAAACAUCUGCCAUUCCCUUACCACACGAGCAUAGCCAGGAGUUCAGCUGUGGCAUUUCAGACCUCAUCAAAAGCAACACACCAUGCCAGUUUAGCUCAGCCUCCUCUGUCUACAUCCCACCUCCACCACAGAACAACAGCAUCCACAGACAGAGACGGUCUGUCAGCUCCGAGCGCUUUGUGGAGACACUUGUGGUUGCCGAUAAAAUGAUGGUUGGUUACCACGGUCGCAAAGAUAUUGAGCACUACAUCUUGUCUGUGAUGAAUAUUGUUGCCAAACUUUAUCGUGAUGCCAGUCUAGGAAAUGUUGUGAAUGUUAUUGUGACCCGGCUAAUUGUUCUCACUGAGGAUCAACCAAACCUUGAAAUUAACCAUCAUGCUGACAAGUCUCUGGACAGUUUCUGUAAGUGGCAGAGGUCCAUCCUGUCUCAUCACAGCAGUGGAAGUAUUCCAGAGAAUGGGAUGGCUCAUCACGACAAUGCUGUCCUAAUCACACGAUAUGACAUCUGCACCUACAAGAACAAACCCUGUGGAACCUUAGGCUUGGCCUCAGUAGCUGGAAUGUGUGAGCCAGAGAGAAGCUGCAGCAUUAAUGAAGACAUCGGCCUUGGCUCUGCUUUCACCAUUGCACACGAGAUUGGACACAAUUUUGGGAUGAACCAUGAUGGGAUCGGUAAUUCCUGUGGCACCAAAGGUCAUGAAACAGCCAAGCUGAUGGCUGCUCACAUAACAGCCAACACCAACCCUUUCUCCUGGUCUGCAUGCAGCAAAGACUACAUCACCAGCUUUCUUGACUCUGGUCGAGGAACAUGUCUGGACAAUGAUCCUCUGAAACGAGACUUUCUGUACCCAACGCUGGCCCCAGGACAGGUGUACAAUGCUGACGAACAGUGUCGCUUCCAGUAUGGAACCUCCUCGCGCCAGUGCAAGUAUGGGGAAGUGUGUAGAGAGCUCUGGUGCCUUAGCAAAAGCAACCGUUGUGUAACUAACAGCAUCCCAGCUGCAGAGGGGACGUUGUGUCAGACUGGCAUCAUUGAGAAGGGGGCAUGCCAUGUAGGAUCUCAAGAUUUUCGAGAAAAGCAGUGUGCAGAUUUUGACAGUGCACCUUUUCGUGGGAAGUAUUAUAACUGGAAGCCUUACACUGGUGGUGGUGUUAAGCCAUGUGCGCUGAACUGCCUGGCAGAGGGUUAUAACUUUUACACAGAGCGCUCCCCCACAGUCAUUGAUGGCACCCGAUGUCAGGCCGACUCCAUGGACAUCUGUAUCAAUGGAGAGUGUAAGCACGUGGGCUGCGACAACAUCUUGGGGUCUGAUGCUAAAGAAGAUCAAUGCCGUGUGUGUGGAGGAGAUGGCAGCACCUGCGAAGUCACUGAGGGACUCUUUAAUGAUUCUCUGCCCCGAGGAGGAUACAUGGAAGUGGCUCAGAUCCCAAAAGGAUCAAUUUACAUUGACAUCAGAGAAUCUGUGGUGUCAAAGAAUUAUAUAGCAUUAAAAUCUAAAGAGGAUGAAUAUUACAUCAAUGGAGCUUGGACCAUUGACUGGCCCCGGAAGUUUGACAUCGCGGGGACGUCUUUCCACUACAAGAGACCUUCUGAUGAACCAGAGUCAUUAGAGGCUCUGGGACCUACCACUGAAAACCUGGUUGUCAUGGUUCUCCUUCAGGAACAAAACCUGGGAGUGUGGUAUAGAUUCAGUGUGCCCAUCCAUCGCACAGGGAGCGGGGACAAUGAGGUAGGCUUCUUCUGGCACCACCUGCCCUGGUCUGAGUGCUCAGCCACCUGUGCUGGAGGUUCACAAAGGCAGAAGGUAGUGUGUAAGCGGCUGGAUGACAACUUGGUGGUGCAGAACAGCUACUGUGACCCAGACAACAAACCUCCAGAAAACCAGAGAGACUGCAACACUGAGCCAUGUCCACCAGAGUGGUUAAUUGGGGACUGGUUGGAGUGUGGAAAGACAUGUGACGGUGGGAUGAGGACGAGAACAGUCUUGUGUAUCCAAAAAAUUGGCCCUGCUGAAGAGGAGACACUAAAAGACACCUACUGUAUGACUCACCGUCCCAUUGAAAGAGAGUCCUGCAACAACCAGUCUUGCCCACCAAAGUGGGUCAAUCUGGAAUGGUCUGAGUGCACACCUAAAUGUGGCCCAGGUUUCAAGCACCGGAUCACCUUGUGCAAAAGCAGUGACCUGACCAAAACCUUCCCGCCCUCCCACUGCCCGAGCCACAAUAAGCCUCCGGUCCGAAUCCGCUGCAGUUUAGGACGAUGUCCUCCUCCUCGGUGGAUCCCUGGUGACUGGGGACAGUGUUCGGCUCAGUGUGGACUGGGACAGCAGAUGAGGACGGUGACAUGUCUGUCCUACACUGGACAGCCAUCAAACGAGUGUGCAGAAUCCCUCCGGCCUGCCAUGAUGCAGCAGUGUGAAAGCAAGUGUGACGUCACCCCAGUCUCCAGUGGUGAUGAAUGCAAAGAUGUAAACAAGGUGGCUUACUGCCCGCUGGUGUUGAAGUUCAAGUUCUGUAGCCGAGCGUACUUCAGACAGAUGUGCUGCAAGACCUGCCAGGGGCUGUGAGCAAGACAAUCACAAGAUGAAUCCAAAAGGCACUGAG